AUGAGUGAUUUAGCGGCAAAUGUAUGUUUUGACGCCUUAUCCGUGCUGCACAAUGUACAACUCGUUGAGAACGUGUGCAGCCUCUGUGGGGCUUCCCAUUACACCCAGAACUGCCCAGAGUAUGCCAAGGGAGAUCACGUUAAGGAUAAGCCCUCGCUUAACCUCUCAAGGUCGUCGGUUCCGAAUGGCCUGCUGAUAAUGGACACCGAGGAGGGCAGUUGUGUCGUCACGUCGCAAAAGUUCGCCAAAGGCACCCGGUUCGGUCCGUUGCUGGCCCAAAAGUCGUACGUUCCGGUGAAGAAUAUUCCAUUUCCGCUCGUUCUGUUUGCCGGCCCGUACUACCAGCAGGACGAGUACAGUAGCGAUUUGCAGGCCCUAUUUAGCAGCACUCGCAACAUUUACCUCGAUACCAGGAACGAGAGCAGGUGCAACUGGAUGAUACAUGUCAGCUUGGCGCGAUUCUCCAACGAACAGAACCUCAUUUGCUAUCAGGAAAAUGACGAAAUUUUCUACACCGCUGUGAAGGAUAUUGAACUGGGAGACAUCCUGAGGGUGUGGUAUUCACGCAAUUACGCCGCCAAGAUCGGAGCCACACUCUUGGAUCCCGGUCCGUACGACAUUUGCGGUAACAUUCUUCAUUCGGUCAGUAUGGAUUAUGGGCUCGAAUUAGAGAAGAACCAAGCAAGCAAUUUCUCACUGGAUGAGUAUAAUCGUGCCAUCGCACAGGGCACUGUUGACAGCUGUGGCUUCUCCGGCAACGGGUGCAAUUCAACAGUCCCGAACAGUGACGCUGGGAGUGGAAGUAGGAGUACUAGCAGCAUAGGAUUGCCGCAAGGACAUCCAGGGAGUCCUUGCACGUCCAGUAUGAUGCUUCCUGCCUCGUACAAUGAACAAACUUGCUUGGGAGACGGUUUAGGAGCUGGUGGCUCCCGAGACACGAUAGAUAUUGAUAGCAACAAUAACAGCAGCAGCUUCUGCAUGGGUGCCGAUAAUGACACGAUCGUCGUUAAGCGAGGCAUCAGAUCGCCUGCAUCGACAAGCAUGGCAUAUGACACGGUGUCUUUGCCACCGAUCGAUAGCAUAAUGAAAACAACUUCGCCAAAAUAUUCCACCACGUCGUCGCAGCAGCACAUGUUUGAUAUGGAUCUGCUGGGGACGGGAAUAUCAACUAAUGUGCCUGAUUUGGAAGAUGAUUUUUUCAAUCCUUCCUCGCUCAUGCAUGCUAGUCACCAAGAGAUGCAACAUCAUCACGACGAGUUCCUUCAAUAUCACCAUAAUCAGCAACACCAGCACAAUGCGUCACAGCAGCAUGGGGGAAUGAUGGCUACGGACACAUCCCCCGAGCUGCGACUUUCGCGUCCUGCUGGAUACGCAACGGAGCAAAAUCCGUCUGUACAAACUCACUUCCAACAGCCACAAACUCAUCAGCCGCAAGGACCAACUGCGACAUUUACAACGGAGUAUCAGUGUCUAGCGAACGAUACGUUGAGUCCGGCGGAUCUUAUCAACAUUUCUCUAGGUGCCAGUGACAUUAAUAUAUCGUUCGAACCGGAUUUUGGCGACGCCGGUGGUGUCAAUGAAUUAGUGGACGAAGGUGGCCACCAUCUGCUAAGCUAUGAAGGAGUAAAUGACGACGUCGACGGAACGUCGUUUGGUGACGGCAGUGGGUUCGAUCUACUGACAACUACAAACUCGGCGCUCGAAAAUGGUGGUUUGAUGGAAAAACUGCACAGCCGAUUUUCCUCCUCAUCCGACUCGCUUAUCACACUAAAUGACGCUGGUCUUGGAGGUACCGCUAUCACACCCACGCCACCAUCGCUGGGCCCGUCGAGCAGCGUCGGUUUAGAGACGGAAGCGGACAAGAAGUACGUGUGUGAGGUGUGCCUUCGCAAGUACAUGACCAAAUCGAAUCUUGAUAAGCACGUGCGUAAGCACAACCUCUAUUUGUGCGUGUUUUGCAUGAAGCUCUUCCAGCAGGCAGAUGAGCUGAAGGAGCACGAGUGCUUCGAGCGGAAGUCGAAAACCGCCUACCUCCACUGUCCGAAGUGUUUGAAAGUCCUGUCGAAUUCCUGGUCCCUUCAAAGACACAUGAAGAUUCACAAAGAUCUCACGCAGGACGAAUCGGCCAUGGUAGCCACGGUAUCGGCAGCUGAAGAGCUGGGCAAGCUGGUCGAAGAAGCAACAAGCACACCGAAAUUAUUGCCCGCAGCGUACGAAGAUCUCUCGAAUCCCACGCCCAUCGAAGAUCUGAAACCAAGCAUCGAUUCGAUGGAGGGAGCUGAAACUAUGACACUGCUGACAACGCCUAAUGAUGGCGGUGUUCUCGACAAUGAGCUGAGUAUGCAACACCAUCAACACCAGCCGUUGCUGACGGAGUCUGAAAUAAAGAAAGAGCCCAUCUUUGGAAAGGCUGGCUCGCCUCCCGAAUCUCCGAUACCCUCGGUGGCACCAAUUAUGCCAAAUCUCAGCACCAUCAUACCGAUAACGAAUAUGAGCUCGAGCCAGGAUAUGAUGACAAACGUGCAGGCUGCAAAUGGAAAGCAGCUUUACAAGUGCAUCGUGUGUUCUAAGCUGUUUAAAAAUCCUAAUGCCCUCGAGAAACACUUGCGGAAAGUCCACACGGUCUACACCGUCUCGAAUGAUUACAAAUCGGAGAAAAAGGUGUUGAGCCAACUGAACCAGAAGAAAACUUCGCCGAUUAAACCGGCUAUUGCCAAAGCGCUAGCGACAAAACUGUCACAGAAGAGCAAGAAACAGGAAGAAAUGGCGGCUGCUGCUGCAGCGGCUGCCGCUGCUGCUGCAGCUGCUGCUUCCGCAGCCCCAACGGUAACCAUGUCCGUCGAGCAAAUUCCGGAUGUGAAUGGUUCCAUAAGAAGCGCUACGAAAGCCCAUUUGAUUAGUCCAACGGCGCAUGUGGCUUUGGCUGUAUCAUCACCAUCUUUGUUGAAGGACCACGGAUCGCUAGUAUCCCAGACUAGGCCGUAUAACAAAAAGAAGCACACGUCUAGUGGCAUAAAUGACGGUGGCAAGAGCACAUACAACGGCGUUUACAGUGGCCAUGUCACUGUUCCUAUUUCCGGAGCACAGAUUUUGGGCAUCAAUAACACGAUUUCCAAUGUUAGAACAUCCGAUCAGCUACUGCCGUGCAGUGCUGCGGAACUAAGCACCGUACCGCAAGACGCGGCAGCAAUUUCCAACGGAAUCGCUGCCAGUUCUUCGGCGAUUUCAUCAUCUUCAUCCUCCAAAUCGCACAGCAUCAUCAUUAUUUCCAACGUAGAACUAACCAACAACAAUCGGAUCGAUACUAGUCAAUUGUUUCUCAACCAAAGUGCACCCCCCGGCAUCGGAACUAACAGCAACGGAGGCUUAAGCGCUUUGGGAAAUAAAAUCGAUCUAAAAGUAUUAAACCCCACGGAUAAACUUCCGAAACUGGUGCCUAUUUCUAGUCACCACCAUCAUCAUCACCAUCAGCUGCAGCAUCAUCAUCAUCAGCAGCAGCAGCAGCAUAUCGUUGGAACAGGAAUAAAUGGUACAGCCACUUUGCAGCUUACCGGGACUACCAUAAUGGUCCCCACGAAUAUGACGCCUACUCAGGCUGGAAACAAAAAUGAGAAUGCUGGCAUUUCUACCGAAUCCGGAGCAUUGUCCGACGGAGCACUAUUUCACAACAGCAACGCGAAACCAUCACCAUCUUCCUCACUGAUUGCGCAUAAUUCCGCGCUGCUAACACUAUCUACCGUUCCAGCAUGUGAUUCAAACGGUGCUCUCGAAGCUAGAGUUUUGGAGGAUGUUAGUCUUGAUGAUAGGUGCCAGGCGGUCGACAAAAACAACGUAUAUGCCAACAAGGGGGAUCUAUCUAACGAACGCGAUUGCGCAAUAACCACUGACGAGUCCAGCAUCGCGGCCUCGUCGCAAACUUUUCCCUGUGACGAGUGUGACCGAGUGUUUUCAAAGAACUAUCAGUUGAAGCGACACAUGGAAAUUCAUGACAGCGUUUACUAUACCUGUCCAUACUGUGAUCGCGGACCAUUGAAAGCGAAAGCAUCACUUCGCAAGCACCUGUAUAACUCCCAUGCUGAUCGUGCGCCGCCCAAAGAACAGAUGAAUAAAUUCAUCUCCACCCUUGUGGUGACUGAUGAAAACGUUUUACGAGAGCUGGCUAUGAAAAAUGAGCGGAAAAUACGCAACAAGAGUGCAAAAAUGCAAGUUAAACUUAUGCAGCAACAGCAGCUUCAGCAACAACAUCAGCAGCAGCAGUUACCAGGACAUCGAGAAGUACUGGUUUCUCCAAAUUCGUUGUCAGUUAGCGGAAAUUUGCAAUGCACUUCUCCGGAGGUCAUUGAGACGGGCGUUGGUAUGAUGAUGUACGAACAUGAAAUGUCGGAAUCGGUAUUGAGUGAGCACGGAGACGACAUGCUUUCAUUCAAAGCCAUUUUCCCCCCAGACGACGGAAGCAUUGAUGAAUCUUCGAUCGAUCAGAUUGAUCAGAUGGUAUUGGAAAAUUGCGAUCAGAGCAGCACUUGCAGCAGUAAUACGACCACGCAUCUCGUGAUGAGUGCCGGAACAGCCAACCAUCCGGAAUUCGAGGAUAAAAAACGCAAGGCAUGCACUGAAGUCAGGGAUCUUCAUCGGCUGCAACAGUUGAGCCAAACGCACGCUUUAAAUCCAUCCAUGGGAAGUCCGUUAGGAAGAAAAUCCAUCAAUGAGGAGCCCCUGAAUAUCAACGAAUGCAAGCGAAUGAAGAUCCACCACUCGUCCUCUGUAGUCGUGCCAGCAUCGAGCAGAAAUAAUCAAUUGAACAGUACUGUCACCAGUGGCACGAUCGCAGAAGAAGUCUACAUGAGUGAAUCAUCGCGAGAACACAUGCUGACACCCAAUCAUCUUAACAGCAGCACUAAUGCCUCAGUGUCUAUGGCUUCCUCCAAUAGUACGGGCACCGCGCUUCGUUAUUUGCGCAAAAAUCAGCAUGGCUCUUUAGCUUCGUCGUCUUGCGCUAACGCUAGCAUAGGAACGCUCGAGGUACCUGCGUCUAGCGCAUCAUUCUCAAACACAGCACAAAACGGAGCGCACCAUGGCACCCAGUCCCAGUCCCAGUACCAUCAACAUGCUAGUAGCGCACUCGAUGGUACCGGGCAGCUCAACCUGGACAGUUUGUUCGGUAACAUAUCCAUCGACAAUUAUGAGUUUGAUGACAAUGCCACCAUUCAAUCGUUUAGCUUGAUUGAGGAAAAGUUUAAAACAUCCUUCGAUCAGAUCCAGGAGAAACUUGACGCAGAGCUACCGUUUGACCAGGAGCAGAUAAAAUGGCAAAACAACAUCAUGGCCAAUGAUUCAUCGAGUGAAAUCGGCGACAAGCUGUUGACUGGUGAAGGAAACAUUAUGCUUAUAUAACUAAUUUAAAGAUUCCUCUUUUGGGUUUACACAAUAAGUAGAAGCACGUAGCGCGUGUGGAGAACGAGUCAAAAAUUCUUUCCACUAUUUGGCCGCUUUCCCGCCGAAAUGGUUUUUAACCUUUGUUAAAUUGUUUAAACAAUAUCUUUAUCAUUACUAUCAUGAUAAUUAUCAAGCUUUUAAAUUAUUUCUGGCACAUGGCGUAUUUAUUUACUUGCGCGCUCUAUUUAUUUAAAAUAUUUAUUCAAUUUGUUCAUGUUCGAAUGCGGCUCAUGCUUUCGUAUUUGG